UAUUGCUUUGUCAUUAUCGCAUUUGAAUUCUAUCUACCCACAUGUAGCCUAGUAUUGGCCUGUAACUUAUUUAAACCAAUUUGAGCUACUGUGCUGUCAGCCUAUUUUGAAUAAGUUUAAAAUUGCAUCGUGGAAUAUCUGAUCAAUCAUUUUUUUUUUUUUUUAUUCAUUCAAGUUGUUACAAUGAUACUUUACCAGAAAGAAAGCUUCAGUGUAGGUCAAGGGUCAACGUUCAAGCGGCGCAUUAAAUUGGGAUAAGAUUUCUCAAAGCCGCAACAAUAAUUUGUUAUACAACUUGGUCGUACAGAAGGUGGCGUAGUUGUGCAUGCUUUAUCGAAGUUCGCCGUGAUGCGAACACUGUGUGUUGCACAGAAAUGUGUUCCUUUCUUGGACCCAUCUAUUUUUGUUCCCGUCGUCUAGCAGUGCUUCCUGCUUUAUUGUCCCCUGCGCCCGAUUUGCAGUGACUGGCUUUUGAGCUUCCUGCUAAAAUAUGCGCUACUGCAGCACGCGAGGAGGAGUGCAGGGAUGGGACUUCAGACAAGUACUGUUCUCUGGUUAUGCCUCUGAUGGGGGUAUGUUUAUGCCCGAGACCAUACCCACCCUGCCCCCUGAAACGCUCAGGUCCUGGGCUCCCCUGUCCUACUCGAAGCUGGUGUACGAGGUCUGCUCUCUUUUCAUUCCUGAGGAGCUGAUCCCGAGGAGGGAUCUGGAGGGCCUUAUUUCAGAUGCGCUGUCUACGUUUGCUGUGCCUGGCGUGGUGAGCAUAGCUAAGCUGAAAGACGGCCUCUCCGUCCUGGAGCUUUUCCACGGAGAGACGUUUGCCUUUAAAGACCUGGCCAUGACCUGCACCGUCCGCUUCCUGGAGUACUUCCUUCAGAAGGAGAGCAGCAGGGCCACCAUCCUCGUUGGCACCUCUGGGGACACUGGCGGCGCUGCGAUCUGCAGUGCGCGAGGCCUGCGGGGGGUGGACGUGGUGGUGGUGUUCCCCCGCGGACGCAUCACCCCCGUGCAGGAGAAGCAGAUGACCACCAACCUGGAUGACAACAUCCACGUGUUUGCAGCGGAUGGGACAUCAGAUGACAUCGACGUCCCCCUGCGUCGGCUGUUUGCGGAUCAGGACCUGGUGAGGCAGAACGGCCUGAUGAGCCUGAACUCUGUCAACAUGGCACGCAUCCUGGUCCAGCUGGCACACUUUCUGUACGCGUACCUGCAGCUGAGUGGCGUGGAAAAGACCCGCCCUGGAGACUCCCUGCCUGUCCUGGAGGUGGUGGUGCCCACUGGUGGGGCGGGCAACAUCGCAGCUGGGUGUAUUCUGAAACACAUGGGAGUUCCACUAAGACUUGUUGCUAUGGUGAACUCCAAUGACAUUGUGUGCCGUGCCGUGCAGAGUGGUGAUUUCUCCAUGGCAACCAGUGUCAAGCAAACCCUGGCCCCUGCAAUAGACAUACAGGACCCCUACAACAUGGAGCGUGUGUUGUGGCUUCUGUCGGGGAAGAAUGGAGCGCUGGUGAAACAGAUGUUGGAGGAGUUCCAGAGGUCUCACCGCCUCCCCCUACCAGAGGCACUUUAUAAAGAGCUGAGCUCGGUGAUGUCCUCGGGGAGUGUGUGUGAUGAGGGGAUCGUGGAAGCCAUGCGCCGGUGCUGGGAGGAGAACCACUACCUGGUGUGUCCACACACCGCAGUCGCCAUCUGGCAUCACUACCACACACCACCACGCCCAGGGGAAAACAGGUGCUGCAUAGCCACAGCGUCCCCUGCUAAGUUCCAGGCCGCAGUGCAGAAGGCUGGGCUGACCCUGGAGCUCCCGGAGGCGUUGAGGGCUCUGGAGAGCAAGGCUACCCGCUACACGGACCUGGAGGUGGGGGAGGACUGGGAAGCCAGGCUGAGGGAGUGCAUAGAGGCCAUCGGCUCGGCCAGGGCCAGCGGCCUGUGCUUUUACUCCGCAGACAAGAGAUGCUGAUGGAGACCAGGCUGCAGUGAGCAACCUGUGUCGGUCCUUUUAGAGGAAGAGUUUUAACUUUUUUUUAAUAGCACUUUUAUUCACAAUGAUUUAAAAAAAAAAAAUAUGAAAUGUGGAAAUAAUUAAAGCACUUUUAUUUUCAUACACGGAGGUAAUUCGAAUCGCACAACAAAAUAUUGGUGCCAAAGACAAGCUGACUGAAAAAGACGAUUGAUAAAAACUUACAAGAGGUUUGCUGAAGUGUAGACAUAUAAUAAGUAAUUCAUAUUUGGAGCAGUUCAAAUGAAGGCAGGGUUGCCCCUUAGCCUCAGGGAUUGAUUACUGCAGUGCUGGUCUAAUGGUAAAUGCUUUUGUGUUGUGUGUGGCACUACAAGUUAGCCGUACCCUGAUGACUAGAGGAUGCCAUAAAUAUAUUUUCCGCUGUUUGUUUUUUCUGCCCAGAAGAAGAAUACAAAUUACCCUUAAAGGCUAUUCCUAUGAAGCAGAUACUCCUAAUUGAGUUAUCUUGUGUGUGUGUGUCUGUGUUCUUGGAUUAUGUGCGUAGUGUGUGUGUGUGUUGUUGGAUGAUGUGUGUAGCUUGUGUGGAUGUUGGUGUUUGUGUGUGUGUAGUCAGUGUUUCUGUACUCUUGUUUGAUACAUGCUGUAAUUGUUCUUUGAUUACAUGAUUGUGUAUCUCUUCCUAUCAGCAGGGCCCUUUGCGGCUGUGUCUUCACUCCAUAUAAGUUUAUGGGCCGUGGUUUUAUGGGUGCCAGUGUUCCUGACCCGCUGGACUCUGGACCCAGCGUUGUAAUCACGCGCUCACAUAAUUAUCAACAGAGUUCCCAUGCUUAAUAUCGUACACACAUCAACGUGUUCUAUUGAUGACUAUGAUUGAGGCAUUGGGCUUUUCUCACGAUUCACAAUUACUCCUUUAACUUUCUUUUGAAGACCAGAUACAAUUAUUGUGUCUUCUGUGUCUAUCUAUGUCAUUACAUAGUUUGACACAAAUGGUUUUCUAAGCAGUGAUUAUAUUCUGUGGGCCUUAUUUUUAUUCAUUACUGUAAGCGUGAUUCCUCUGGACCUUAGUAAUUCUCUGGUGAACUAAUUAAUAUACGAUGUGGAAUAGCAUCAUUGUCAGGCUAAAUCUACUACCAGCUCCAUCCAGAUGCAACUCUCUAUGUAUGCACAUGUUUUAUAAUACAAGGUAUUAUAAACAGUGCAUACAUCAUGCAUACAUCAUGUACUCAGGAAUUUUCUCUAAAGGUGCUAACAUCUUUGGUUGUUUUGAAGUUUAUUUUUAAAUACUUUUUAUCCAUCAGUGUUCGCAAAACUACAUGUCUGAGUUGGAUCAGUAUGUUGCAAAUGUUGGUUAUUCUUAUAGAUGACAAGAGUUGUAUUUUGCUGACUUCUUUUGCAAUAAACCGAUAAGCGGUUUACAAAGAG